AUGAGAACAUUUCUCAAUUCCCGUACAAGUCUCCGCGUCGCUAUUGACGGACUACCUGGACGGAAUCCCAAAUCACUUAUUGCACAAAGAAGGGCACGCGUCUGGGACGACAACGAGACGUUGGUUCACACUGUCCAGAAGGAGAAUUUCGCUGGCGCAGAGCGUCUCCAUGAGCGACUGGUGGCCGCAUGUUUGCCCAUUCGCCCACACCCAGCGUAUGAGCGCGCGGCAUUAGCCCAAAUUCGUCAUCCAGAAGCGAGAAACUUGGACAACUUCCGUACUUGGCUCGACCUGGUUCCAGAGAGUCGCAACCCCCAUCGCGUCGAGGGUGGCCCAUUCACAAAGACGCGCGACCUUUUGUUUCGCUCGGGUUCACCAGCGGAGGAAAUACCCUUGCUUUCCCUUUUCUGCCUUGUUUGUGCCGAAAAAGGUUACGGAAAACUAGUCUGGAAGGAUAUCGUGGCUCUACUCGUCAAGUUCGAAGAACCGGGCAACGCUGUGGCCUUCUUACGCUCUUUUGGCGAGGCGCGGCUGCGAUACUACACCAAACACCAGCCUCAUCAUGCUGCUUGGAUAGCAAGUCGUCAACGAGAAGCGCUGAUUCGGACGUGUUGUACUGCAGGGUGGUUUGGAGAAGCGGUGGAUCUGAUUAAAGACAGCACUUCUUUGGAAAUUGGUUCAGCUGCUCGUCACCUUUUGCAGGUCCUCGACAACAAGAACCAGAAGGACUUGAUCUCGGUCGUACUCGCUCAUCUUCCACCCAAAAUCUCGCUAGCAUUUUCUACCAAAGCAAUUAUUGACGGCUGGACUUCACCCUUGCCACGGGCGGCCGUUGCGGCCCAACUACGACAUAUCAAGAAUUUGAUCUCACGACGAGCAUUAAUUGCGAGCCGCCUUCCCGCUUCGCAUUUGCAUGCCUUCUUAGCUCAAUAUGAAGCAGCGAAGGGAUAUUCCUAUGGACUGGCGGCCUUGCGGAGAAGAGCCUUGUUAAAAUCAGACAACACAAGCUACAUCUGGCUCACCAAGGAGUUGUUUUACCUUCAACAAAUGGGCCGCCAUGCGGAUGUCAUAUCGUUGUUCUACGCCAAUUUUUCGUCUUUCAUCAUUCCCCGCAAGGAAGGACUAAUUUUGCAUCAAUUGGCAGUCCUUUCGGCCAAUCCACAACUACUUUCGCAUUCAGUACCUCUGAAGCUGAGAAUCAAGCCCAGUGAUGCAUGGCUCAUAUGGAAUGCCCUUAUCCGUAUUUCCAUACAACUCCCGCCAGAGACACGACUUGAAACCCUCUUCUCGCUGCGUCACUGCUUCGGUCAGUAUGCCGCUGCCCUUCCUGAUCACGUGUUCCGCGCAACCCCCACUUCUUACACCGCCGUCUUUCGAAGUCUGGUGUGGGCUUAUGGGCAGUUGGGAGAUGUUGCUAGUGCCUUUUCGGCAGCUCACGAUAUUACGCUGAUCGGUAAAACCCACGAAACCAACGUUGUUCUGCUCGAUGAACUGGUGACCAUACAUGCACGGAGGGGUGAUUUUGACUCUGUGACUGAGUUGCUGGACUCGCUGGAUUCAUUUGGGCCCAGAGUUCAACCGUAUGGUCGAGUGAUCGACGCGUUCCUUCAAGCUCGUCUUGUGGAUUUGGCUCUGGAAAUCGAAACUCGGAUGAAGGAAAAAUGCGAAUACAUCCCAGGAGCCAACUGGCGCUUAGAUCGGUCAAUUUCAAGGCUCGACAAGUUUAGAAAGAAAGAGGUUGUCGAGACGGAAGAUGAAGUGAGCUGGUGGCCAGAUAUGACGGUAUCUAUCGAGCAGUAG